GAGGAGUACGGAGUCGUGGGAACCGCGCAUGCGCACACCGCCUGGAAGUUAAGCCAAUGACUCCAGAGCUUGCAUCUCUCCAGACGCAGGAGCGAGACAACGAGACCGCGCAGAGGAGGAGGGGGGAGGAAGAUCGCUCCGCACAACCCAGCACGCUAUUGAUUCGUUGGAGGCUAAAGAAGGGAAGAGAAGAUGUUUGGCUUUCACAAACCGAAGAUGUACCGGAGUUUAGAAGGUUGCUGCAUUUGCAGAGCAAAGUCUUCCAGUUCUCGCUUCACUGACAGCAAGCGUUAUGAAAAGGACUUCCAGAACUGCUUUGGUUUGCACGAGGCCCGAUCAGGAGAUAUUUGCAACGCUUGUGUGCUUCUGGUGAAAAGAUGGAAAAAACUGCCAGCAGGAUCAAAAAAGAACUGGAAUCAUGUGGUGGAUGCAAGAGCUGGACCGAGUCUUAAGACGACAUUGAAGCCAAAGAAGAUGAAAACCCUUUCUGGCAGCAGGAUGAAGAGCAAUCAGAUAAGCAAGCUGCAGAAAGAGUUGAAGAGACACAACUCUGAUGCCCACAGCACUACUUCAAGUGCCUCUCCAGCCCAGUCUCCCUGCUAUAGCAAUCAGUCUGAUGACGGCUCAGACACUGAGAUGACCGCUGGCUCCAGCCGCCCUCAUGUCUUCUCCUUCUUAGAUCCCAUUUACUGGAAAAGGCAAAAAAUUUGCUGUGGAAUUAUUUACACAGGCCGCUUUGGAGAAGUUGUUAUAGAUGCUCACCUCUUCAAACCCUGCUGUAGCAAUAAGAAGUCCACAACUGAGAAGCCGGAGCCACAAGGUCCCCAGUCUCCAACCAUCUCCAACCAGGAAGAGUGGUGACUUCCACAGCAGUUGGUGUAAAAAAGAACCUCUUUUUCUCUCUGGAAAGGCUUGAAAGUGACUUUCUCUUCACUUUAGAAGCCUGCUAUGCUGCCAAAAGACUCCCCCCCCCCCCCGCGCGUGACCUUCAACGGUUUGAGGAUUCCAUUUUUUACUGCUUCAGUUCCACUAAUUCAGAAACCUGUGCAUAUCUCUCUCCCAACCCCCAAAUGACUGUAAAUAAUAUCUAAAAGGCUCUAAAAUCCAUAAUUGAGCUGAAUGCUGCUGCAAGUCAUCUUGGUUCAGCCUCUUUCCCCACACAACUCUUCUUCAGAUGAAAGGCCAUAAAAGAGAAUUAAAAUAUGUAGUGUGUUUUUCUGAAAGAGAAGUAGUGCUCACAUUUUGGCAUGUUAAAACUUCUAGCCAGUAACCUUUUCUCCCUGUAAGGAAAAUACUUAUUACUCUUAGGCAUGGACCUGGGUUUGCUGAAGUUUGUACAAGACUUCCCUGCUCUGUAUAUGUUGUAAAGGUGGGGAGCUCUUAAUUUUUACUACUGAUGCUUUAACAGGGAUAAAAAGUUUUGCCUGUCCUGAACCCCGAGGCCAAGGGCUCAUCUUUCUGGCCUAGUAAAAGUCUGUAUGUGAAGGGACUGAGCAUGCAGUCAGUCUUUGGCAAACAAUAAAGUUUUGAGACUGGCCCAUUCAUUACCUUGGUACUGGACCAAGUUAACUUUUCUCUCUCCCCUGCCUGUUCCAUUGUGCAGUCCAUGUAUGAUUUAUGCAUUAAUAUUACAGACAACGUUCAGGGAGAUGAGGGGCUCCUUCAUGGUAUUGAAGGGACACCCUUUACAAAUGUUGGCCAGUUGUGUAGGGCUGUGAUGAUAACACAGUAUAUAUACUAAGUCCUUGUUUUCAGUACCUUGGUAUGGGACCAAUUAAGUGUAUAUUAUAAUUUGUGAUUGCUCUCUUUACCUGUCUAGUUCCCCACCUUGAUAAGGACUGAGUAAAAAUCUGUCAAAAACUAGUAAAUUGCAACUGGGAAUAGCAGUCAGUUUGUGCCUGGCAAGGUAAGAGGAGGUUUUGUAAUCCCAAUCCAACAGCAGAAUGCAAACAAUGCGGUAAUCACUCUUCAUUUUAUACAAAUUUAAUUAUUAUUAAUAAUAAUAAUUUUGAAGGCCAGUCACAAAAGCAAGCCCAUUCUAGCACAAGCUCAGGUUUAAGAUUCCUCUUCUGUGUUUCUGCGCUGUUUGAUUAGCUUGGUUACGCACUCAAGGAAGGAAAAUUGCAAUAACAAACCUACCCACAUCCUUAUUAUAAAGUAUUAUCUAAAGAGAGAGAGUUCUAGGUAUGCACGGCAUUUGUUGGCAAAUAAGAGAAAGCGUUUUUAUUUCAGAUAUAUACUCUGUGUGCGUAAAUUACUGUGACUUCUCUUUUUUAAAACAACCACAACCGCCUAGUAUUGUCUAGUUAGAGCUAUUUCCCAAGUUCACGACACUAAAUGUGUAUAAUAGCCUUCAUGUAUGAAGAGCCGUCACAGGCUGUAGUCAGUGUCAGUCUUUGUCUAUGAUCUUCUGGUCCCGGCUGCAAGUCCUUCCUGUUACCCCUCCUUCUCUCCUAAUCUCCCAGAAGUGCCUUCAGUCCUUGUUCCUACUCCUCUUAUCCCCAGCCUUCAACACAGAACUGCACAGUUAAUCCCCCCCAUUGCCUGCUUGUCCCCUAUUUUGGAUUUGCUUCUUCCUAAAUGCUGCCCCUCUUCAGUAUUUCAUGUGACAAACUUCCCUGAAGAGGUGGUGAGCUAAUUCUGCCCUACCACCUAUGGACAGGCAGGCCUCUCCUAGAACUCCCAUGUUUCCCCCCAUGCUUUCUCAGUCUGUACUGUGAGAGGGGAAAAGGGUUUCUUAAGCGUUGUCACUGUAGUGUAUUAGCCGUAGGACAAGGCACUUGGCUGAAUUCAGUUUUUCCCUGAAAUCUCAGCCAGCAUAAGAAUUAGAAUAUUGUUUGUUUUGUUUUAAGAUGAGAUUCCCAAGAUUCUGAUAAAAUACGCCAAUUGACCAAGGAAAGAGUUCUAUCAGCUUUGGCAAAUAAUGGCUUCCGCUGUAAGUAUGCUGCUGUAUUUAGCUCAUACGGAUUUCUCCAUUUAUUUGAAUAGCAUGAGAAUUUCGACUUGUUUUGUGCAGUGCACUACUACAAACAUAACUUUGUCCUUUUAUACUUUUUAUUAAACAAAAAAAUCCUAAGCUGAUGCAUUAGGAAAACAAAAUCUGAGCUAUUGUCUUCCUACCUUGUUUUUAGGGUUCCCUUAAUUGUGUCCCCCCCCCAUUUGUAAAUAGGAGAAAUAUUCUAAAGGGAGGAUAAGAUAGGUCUUUAUUUGUAACUGACUAGCUACUUGGCAGUUUUGCUGGGUUGGUAAUCUCUGAAGGAUUCAUGUGGGAGUCCUAGAUAUUUUUUCCCUCAUCAAUUUACACGUUUAAGGUUUUAUUUUGUUGUUCGUUUCUGGGUUGUUGUUUUUAGUAAGCGUCAAUGGUUCUGUGCAUUUACAGCUACAGUAUGAAACAAUGUACUAUGAUAUGGAUCAUCUCGUCUACUUCUGUAUUUAUUUAUUUAUUACUACAACAGCAGACUGCUUUUCCCUCAGCCUCCUUACUCCUCCUUCCUAUGUAGUAAUGCAAUAUGAAUUGUAUGUAGUUAUGCACUUUGUAUUAAUGUAGUAGAAAUCUAUGGAACCUGUUUUUAUACUUUUUAUAUUGUUCAUACACUUGUAAUCCAAACUUUUUUUUUACACUAGGGUAAUUAAUAAAAAAUAGACUUUAUUUAGAAAAA